AUGCAAACCAGUGAAGAUAUGUGGCACCUAACCAAGGAGACUCUCGCAGAGACAGCUUUAAGGACGUUUGGGAAGCAGAGCAGAACCCAGAAUGACUGGUUUACGGAGUAUGAAGACGAGCUGCGUCCUUACAUUGAGGCGAAACGCAGUGCUCAUGUACAGCUCUUAAGUAGGCCUUAUGAUACUCGGGCCAAGAGUAACUUUUUGACCGCUAAGAGGGAUAUGCAACGCUUAACCCGGACCUGCGUCAACCGAUACUGGUCUAACCUAUGCGAGUUGAUCCAACGCUGCCAAUCUGUCGGGGACUAUCGUGGAAUGUACCAAGGUAUCAAAACUGCCAUUGGUCCAACUAGCAGGAAACGCGCGUGCAUAAAAGACCUCAAUGGAGAUCCAAUCACAGAAAAACAUCAGCAGCUUCAAAGAUGGGCGGCGCACUAUUCUAGCCUGUACUCAGAGGAGAUUAAUGUCGACGCAGAGGCAUUGGCGUCUCUACCAACUUUUUCCACUCUGCUGGAGUUAGACGCUCCCCCAACUCCUGCCGAGUUUCAAGCCGCACUGAACGGUUUGAAACUGGGUAAAAGUGCUGGGCGCGACAACCUACCAGCUGAAGUUAUCAAACUAAAAUGUGUGUCGUUACCUCUAUACAAGAUCCUAUUGAAGUGUUGGGAGGAGGGUACGAUACCUCAAGACAUGCGUGAUGCUGACAUUGUUACGCUAUAUAAGGGAAAAGGCGACAGAGGUGACUGUAACAACUAUAGGGGAAUCUCACUAUUGAGCAUCGCUGGCAAAGCAUUCGCCAAGGUAGUUUUGAAGAAGCUCGAAGUUCUUGCAGCUAGAAUCUACCCGGAGUCCCAGUGCGGAUUCAGAGCUGGCAGAUCCACAUCCGACAUGAUAUUCACCCUCCGUCAGCUUCAAGAAAAAUGUCGUGAACACCGUGUUCCCUUAUAUAUGGCAUUUGUAGAUCUCAACAAGGCGUUUGAUACGGUCAGCAGACAGGGACUCUACGAUGUUCUAGUCCGGCUAGGGUGUCCACCAACCCUACUGUCUCUGAUACGUGCGUUUCACGAAAACAUGAAAGGUACUGUGAUGUUUGAUGGUGAUUCAUCGGCGGCUUUUGACAUGAGGCGCGGCGUAAGGCAGGGUUGCGUUUUGGCGCCAACGCUCUUUGGAAUUUUCUUUUCGGCUCUCCUUAGAGCAGCUUUUGAUAGAUGCGAUGUCGGAGUGCAUCUCCAUACAAGGAAGGAUGGGAAGCUAUUCAACAUUAACCUCCUGAAAUCAACUAGGAAGCGGUAUGAUGUGUUAGCCCGGGAACUGCUGUAUGCUGAUGAUGCUGCACUUGUCGCCAACUCAGAAGAAGAACUGCAAGAGCUGAUUAACAGGUUUAGCCAUGCAUGCCGAUCUUUUUCAAUGAGCGUGAACACCAAGAAAACUGUAAUAAUGGUUCAGGGCACCAAUAUACCAACAGCAAUCGCCCUCGAUCAAGUACCGCUUCAGUCUGUCGAUCAUUUCUGUUACCUCGGAUCCACCACGACAUCAAAUCUCUGCAACAACAGGGAGAUAGAUACUCGCAUUGGAAGGGCUGCAACAACUUUCGGCAAACUCUCUAAACGAGUUUGGACUAACAACCGACUCACCAUGUCCACUAAGGUUCACGUUUAUCAAGCCUGUGUCCUUAGCAUCCUGCUGUACGCUUCAGAAACGUGGACCACCUACUCCAAGCAAGAGCGUCGCCUAAACGCAUUUCACAUGCGUUGUCUCCGAAUCAUAUUAGGAGUAACUUGGAGGGAUCGAGUAACGAACGAAGCUGUUCUUUCUAAAACCAAUUGCUACAGCAUAACGGCUAUGCUGAAACAGAGACGACUCCGUUGGCUGGGACACGUUCAUAGAAUGGACCCUGACAGAUUGCCACGUGAAGUCAUGCUCGGACAGAUUGCCGAAGCUAAGAGACCGGUUGGUCGCCCCGUUCUCCGCUUCAAGGAUUCAUGUAAACGCGACAUGAAUGGCUUCAGCAUUCCAACUAACCGUUGGGAGGAACGCGCGGAGAUGAGACCCGAGUGGCGUCGUAACCUGCGGGAAGGCAUGGCAAAGCACGACGAGCUCUGGUUGGAUCACCUUAACCAGAAACGAAUUCGCAGAGCUGCUGGACCACCCCAGGAGUCAAGACACAUCUGUGAUCGGUGCGGCAAGAAAUGCCGAUCAGCCAUUGGUCUUUACAGUCACCGCAGUCGAUGUAGACUGUAG